UUGGGGGUGGAUAGGGAUAGUUGCUUUCUGCUAAUUCUGUGUUUACGUGUAUUCUUUCCUAGCGCAGUGUAUUGUGAAAUACGCCAGUCAAUCGCAUCUUAUUGUGACGUUUCCUAAGAUCAAAACUAUCUUUUGCUUAGAUUCAAGUGACGUCCUUGCCAAGCGGAAGACUCGCUGCUGAUGAAGGAUUAGGAGAUUUCCCAGUUCUAGUUUUUCAAUGUGUAGUUUGUCCGAAUGCGGUUUGUUGAGACGUAUAUAGUAGAUCUGUUCGUUUUUCGUUAGACCACAUUCUCAUGACGUGUUUUCUGACGUUUUUCACAAAUUCUGCGACGUUUAUGACACGUCAUAGACUCGACUGCGUGUCUAUACAACGCACGCUGAAGUCCCCGUUGGGAAUAAUUAGGAAAGCACAGCGAUGGACGCGAAUCUAAGCCGAGGGUACUACCAUGUGGGGCGGGAACCCAAGUCUGAGCCGCAGACCCCGACAGAGGGGCACAGGGGCCGACGAAACCUCCCACCACAAGACAAAUACAAACUCAUAUAUUUUGCCCUGCUACUAGCCGGCGCCGGUUUCCUCUUACCCUACAAUAGCUUCAUCACCGCAGUUGACUACUUACAAAGGAAAUACCCCGGGAGUACUAUAGUUUUCGAUAUGAGUCUGACAUACAUUUGUAUGGCGUUCGUCAGCGUGUGUGUGAAUAACGUAUUAGUGGAGACGUUUCGAUUGACGACAAGGAUCACGUUUGGAUACAUUCUGAGUUUCGUCACGUUGUUGUUUAUUGCCGUCUUUGAUGUGUGGUUGGAGUUAUUCUCUAGAGAUGUUUCCUAUAAGAUCAAUUUAGUGGCUGUGGCCAUCGUUGCACUAGGAUGUACAGUUCAACAAUCGAGUUUCUAUGGUUACACGAGUAUGCUGCCCAAGCGCUACACGCAAGCUGUCAUGACGGGCGAGAGUGCUGCAGGUCUUCUUGUCUCCAUCAACCGCAUCUUGACCAAGGCAUUCGUCAAAGAUGAGAAAAUCAACACCAUCAUCUUUUUCGUAGUCUCCAUCGUCAUCGUCCUUGCCUGUUUCAUCAUCUUCCAUGUCUCAAGACGGACGGAUUUUGUGAGGUAUUACAUCUUCCUUUGCCAAUCGGCAGGAAUUCCGGAGGACCAACGAGGAAUCCAAUCCAAUGCGGAAGAAGUAAGCUUAGUCGACAUCAUUGAUAACCAACAGAUGAAAGACAGAUAUGGAGUUCUGCAGAUUACGUCACCCACCACUCCAACAGAACAAAAAACAUUUUCCCCUCCCGAUGGGGAGAGCUCUGUGACAGUGUCGCCCCCAAUUGCAGCGGCGGUGGCACAGGAAAGCGAAGUUCAAAUCAAAGGACGGGGAAAGGCAUUUAAGAAGCAUUUAUCUAUGUGGGAAUCUAUAAAACGGGGUAUCUUAAUACGACACCACGCCUCAAAGAACGUGUGGCCCUUCAUGCUGUCCAUAGCUCUUGCCUACUUCGUCACCUUGUGCUUAUUCCCCGGGGUGGAGUCGGAGAUCAUCAGCUGCUCGCUGGGCAGCUGGAUGCCUGUGAUACUGAUGGGACUAUUCAACCUGUUCGAUUUUAUCGGGAAGCUUAUCUCUGCUAUUCCAUACGACUGGCCCAGAGGCCGACUAGUCCUGUGUAGUAUAGCUCGCGUGGUGAUUGUGCCCCUCUUGAUGUUGUGCGCCGCUCCGAGACGUCAGCCACUCCUCAGGGGCGACGCCUGGUCUAUGCUCUUCUCCAUCCUGCUUGGCAUCAGCAAUGGAUACUUCGGUAGCGUGCCCAUGAUCAUUGCUUCCACGAAGGUCCCCGAUGAACAGAAAGAGAUAACGGGCAAUAUCAUGACGCUCAGCUACAGUGUUGGGCUAACAACUGGGAGUGCGGUCGCCUACAGCUUGGAUGCUUGGCUUGGUCCCCACCUACUCCAUUCUCCAUGCGGUGAAAUCCCCAAUCUCACUGGUUUUAUACAUAACGGGACGUCCAUGAUACAAAGAAGAGCUCGUGGAUUCGGUCACCCCAUAGGAUAUUAGUCCUACACUCUCAGAAAUAAAGGUUCUAGAGCUUUUGGAAAACCUUUAAUUAUUGGGUUUUUUUGGCCAACAUAAAAACUAUACCCCAAGAAGAACCCAAAAAGGUUUUGAGAUUCCAAAGAACCUCUGUUGAUUUUUUACCGCUGUAAAAGCUCUCCGGGAUGCAUAUCUGUGUUGGACGAAAAGGCACUAAAGGUUUUUCAAACGCUCAAAAAAUUAUACGUUCUGAGAUUGCAACAAUUCGGCGUCUCUGGAACGUGAACUACUGGUCAGAUUUCUUCGAUAUUUGGCUUUUCGGGACCGUGAUUUCGUGACCAAACGCUAUUUUCUAAUUUCAGUUAUCAUGGUCAGGAAAUAAAGUGUUUUGUCUAAAUUGUGUACAACUCAUUUAAUGCAUUGAUUUGGACUUAUUCCCCGCAACACAGUUGAUUUCUCGACUAGACCAUCUAGUCCAGGAGCAGAGCGACUUUUAUCUAACAUGCAAGCUACAACCCCUCUAUCUCCUGAUAUAUGGUUUAUGGUUUAUAUGGUCAUGUAGGCGUACUCUAGCAUACAAACAUUCAAAUCAUUUGUAGCCUGCAUGUUAAAUAAAAGUCGCUCAGCUCCCAGACUUAUAUGAAAUGCUAUGGUUACUUUUGUGUCCGUUUAAAACUUUAGAAAUAUCUUAAGGAACAAAAUGCUAAGUAUGGCCUAUAUCUAGAGGACCCGUCAAAUGACCAUUGUAUUUCAGAAGGAAUCCUUCCUAUAUUUCUGGGCGACAAUGUUUAACCCUCAAAAUCACAUUAGGUCCCUUUGUUUGUUCAGAUCAACAAAAAGCAAAUUUCAACUAAAUCCAACCAGUUGAGGACAAAAAAUGAACAGACGUUCAGUUAGUCGUGUUAAGUCCAUCCUGAGAUGAAGUUUUUGCUAUACUCCUACCUUGUUUGAGAUGUCGAGAGGCGGAGUAGGCCUAAUUAAAACCACUGGUUAUGUCAGAAUGUGUUAGGUCCGGCAAAUCUUCCUUCAUAAAUAUAGUGUACAUAAUGUAUUUGUAUGUCAAUAAAAAUAUUAAUCCAAUGGAACUGAUGAAAACAUCGAUUUUGUAGUUGUAGCCAUUUUAUUUUUACCAAGGUAACCGAGCGGUAACCAAGGUAUACUUAUCAAUAUACAUUGCGUAACCUGAUGCAAAAUAUGGAAAAAUUGUUCGAACUCAGAGGAGUAUUCAUUGCAUGAUAUUUGGCACAAUGUCUCUCAACUUUGUCUUAUCACCUG